UGUAAAGACAGGUGAGAGGUUACAAGUUGAGAGGUCGUGUUAGCAAAACGGCAAGCUGGCUAUAAGUUACUUUUGCUGGAGUCGUUGUAAGUAAACACAUUCAAAGAACGCGAAGUUGUCCCGGAACCGUGGUUGGCUCGACUAAUAUCUCGCGAAAGACAAACCAACUACGGACUAGUUUCAACAGGCGUCAGCCUUCAGGAUUAAUAACGUAAUUGUUGACAAGCUUUGCUAGUUAGCUAUCGUUAGCAAGCUGCUAGUUGGCUUGCUCAGCUGCUAUGUCGCAACCAAGUGUUUGGACUUAUUGGAGCUAACACAAUUAGCUCAACUAAGACAAACUUUAAUUCUGGAGGAAAACACAAAAGAUGGCUGUGUCGGUGCGGGGCCUGUACUUUGUGGUGACCCUGUUUUUGGGUAGUUUCUUUGGAAGUGUCUUUAUGCUGGGUCCAGUUCUGCCCCUCAUGCUGGUGUCUCCUGCUUGGUACCGCUGGAUCACUGAUCGCAUUGUCGCUACCUGGCUCACCCUGCCUGUGUCCUUGCUGGAGCUGGUAUUUGGGGUGAAGGUGGUGAUAACAGGUGAUGGCUUCAUUCCGGGGGAGAGAAGUGUGAUCAUAAUGAACCACCGUACCCGUCUAGACUGGAUGUUCCUGUGGUGUUGUCUGCUCCGGUACAGCUAUCUUCGUUUGGAAAAAAUCUGCCUUAAGGCUGCCCUGAAGGCAGUGCCUGGCUUUGGCUGGGCAAUGCAGGUGGCCUGCUUCAUCUUUAUUCAGCGUCGAUGGAUGGAGGACAAGACGCACAUGGAGAACAUGCUGGACUACUUCUGUGACAUCAGAGAGCCCCUGCAGCUGCUGCUGUUCCCUGAGGGCACAGAUCUCACUGAAAAUACGAGAGCAAAGAGUGAUGCGUUUGCUGUACAGAACAGUCUGCCAAAAUUGGAGUAUGUGCUGCAUCCCCGAACCACUGGAUUCACCUUCAUUGUUGACAGACUGCGAAAAGGAGACAAUCUGGAUGCCGUCCAUGAUAUUACAGUGGCGUACCCGAAGAAUAUCCCUCAAACAGAACGACACCUCAUUCUGGGCCUUUUCCCUCGCGAGAUCCACUUCCACGUCCGCCGAUAUCCAGUGGCCUCACUGCCCACCUCGUCCUCUGAUCUGGAGUCUUGGUGUCGAGAGCGCUGGGCUGAGAAGGAAGUCCGUCUGCGUGACUUCUACACAGGCCAGCCCCGGGCCUUUGACAGGGACGGUGUUGCGCGUGUGCCACCUUGUAAGACAGAGCUACGAGUGGCUCUGAUCAAAGCUGCCUCACUGUUGUACUGGAGCAGCUUCAUUGCUCUGUGCUUCACUGGCCUGUGGCUGUGGGCUCCAUUCAGGCUCUACUUCCUGGUCGUGGUUGGAGUCUAUAUGGCCCAGCAGAAGCUGAUUGGAGGGCUGGAGCUGCUGGAGUUGUCCUGCCAUCGAUACUGGAAGUCCAUGGCUGCUGAUGUGAGGGAGAAGAAUAAGGUGCUGGAUGGGAAGAUGCAGUGAGGAUAGAAGACAGAGUUGGCUGGACAAUUACAUGUUUCAGCCUGUGCUCAGCAAGGACACUGAGGACUCAGUUGUCUUAGCCAGUUCAGUCCAGAGGGCUAGAGGAUCCCUUUGAGGGACCUGAUGCUUGAUGCCUUAUAAAGGGAGUAAUGAGUUCACCUCCUGAUGGUGUGCAUGGCUUCAGUGGAGAGCUUACCUUUCUGUUGAAGAAGAAAAAGAUGAAUGUUAUGUACAUCUGUCUGUGUUAGAUUCGAGAAAUUCAUCGCACAUAAUAUGUCACAUGCCCUUUUUAUGUCUCUCCCUGUAUAAUCGCUGUUAUUCAGCUUGCUGCCGGUGCAUUCUAUCAGUUUAUGUUGUUAGUGUUUACUAUGGUUGUUUGUUCAGAGUCUCAUUGUGGUCAUGUGUCAUGAGUCAAUGUUGUUUGGUAUUUGUUAUACAGUUGCCAUGUCUUUCAAAGUAGUUUUAUUGUAUGUGUUGCCCUUGCUUUUAUAUUGCUGUCAUAAGUUAUGGAGCAGAGCCAUAGUACAGGCCACCUGUACAUAUGAUGACUUGACUCAAACCAUUAUUCAAAUCAGCACUGUAGUUAGCUGGAUUAGACCGAUGGGACUAGUUAAAUGAAUCAGUUUCCAUUAGUGGUCUCUAGUCUAGCAAGGAAAGAAAAGGAUUAAUGUCACUCAAAGACAAUUAUUAAGGAAUAUACAGGUAUAUGUGUACCAUUGUUUACCUUUUAUUGGGUAAUUAUGUUUUUAUACAAAUUGGGGAAUGAACUUUUUCCAUUUAGUCUUUAGAGGUGACUUCUGUGAUGGUGUUUAUUGCUGCACAGAACUUAAAACAUAAAAUGCUGAUCUGCUUGUUUCCUCAAAUAGCUUUUGCACAUAAAAGCCAAAGGUGUGGAAAGCAGACGUGAUUUUAAAAAGUAACUGAACAGAAUGUAGUCUGUCUUGUCAGGAAAGGAAAGCUUUGCUCACCACUGGCAAGGUUACCAGUUGCUGUCAUCAACUUAUCAAGAUAAAGGAUCUAAGAUCUUAUGUACUGAUAAGCGUAGAAGCAGAUGAGCUUUGUGUCCUUUCUGGGAAUGAAGGGAUGCCUUGUAGAGGUGGGUGGUGCUGGAGUGGAAGAAUGUCCUGUUGGGACAACAUUACCCCUCAAUGUGCAGGGUGGCACAGAGGACCAGACUUGGAGUGGAAAACUGGCCCUGAACUCAACCUAAUCCAAAAAAGCCCUGUAAUGCCCACCUCUGCCUGUGUCCCUCUCUAGAGGACUGGCAUUGAUGCGCCAGCUAAACUCAAUUAGCAAAUGACAGCUGAGAAAGCGACUCCAAUUGUGCCAAAAAAGGACAGAAAUUGAAACAAGAUUGGAGUGGCACAUCAACCACGCUUUUAGCCACUGACUUUCCUUGCCACUCACUACCAUUUGAAACCCUGUUAGUUCUGGGAGUCAGGAAAUAUUUCUUUGUGUAAAGCUGUGCAGUGUGUGUGAUCUAGCUGACCACUUCAAACCAGUUUUGUGAAGAUGUCUUAAGCAUCUUUUGUGUUCAUAUGAAUCUGAAGCUCCUGUAGUUUAACGUGUAAAGGGGCUGUUUCCAGUCACUGUGACCUAGCUGUGUUAACAAAUUUAUCAUCAGCCUGUAUUAGUUUACCAAACAUGGUACUAUAUCAGUUUCCUCAGCUCCUCUGAACCAGCUAGAAUCUCCACCUCUUACUCUUUCACUUGUGCUGUUUUCUGUUGCCCAUUUUACAAUCACUUUUUGAUGCUGGACCUCUUUAAAGUCACUGUCCUCAGGUAAACUCAGUGGACACUGUUUAGAGUCAGAAAAGAGGGUAUAUAUCUAAAUAAAUAUAU